UUUACAGUUAUCGACUCCAACUGUUGGUCUAAGACGAGUCGGUCUGGACUUGGCAUGCGAUGAUUUAAUCUAGGCAGAGAACGCGUUCCGUGCGGACUGCGCCUCUGUUCAGGAUUCUCGCCAUACUGUAAAAUGCCAUCCAAGCCUUUUCCGGUGCCAAAUAGCAUCACGCCCUUCUGGCGCAGCGAGCCAGAUGGCCUGGAUAACCAUCGUUCCACCGACAGUCUGCCUGGGACAAGCGACGUCGUUAUCGUGGGGGCAGGAUACGCUGGUGCAUCGACGGCCUACCACCUGCUGGCGCAGGCUGAUCCGUCUUCCAAACCGUCAAUAGUGAUUCUCGAAGCACUCCAGGUUUGCUCUGGAGCGACAGGUCGAAAUGGAGGCCACUUAAAGCCAGACGUGUAUAACGCCGUCGGAACCGUCGCUGAGAAAUAUGGAAUGGACGCUGCAAUUGAACUGGCUGCCUUUGAGACCGCACAUCUCACUGCUAUAGAGGAGUUGGUGAAGCUGGAAAGCAUCGCUUGCGAUCUGCAGGUAUCCCUGGCGCAUGAUGUGCAGCUGGACGAGACGCAUGAUGUGAAACUGAAGAAGGCGUACGAUGCACUUAUUGCUGCUGGAUCGGGACCUACGAAAACCGCUGUGCAUACUACUGGCGAGGAGGCUGAAAAGGUCUCCGGCGUCAAAGGUGCCAAAGGCUGUUUUAGUUAUCCCGCGGGUCGACUGUGGCCGUACAAGCUCAUUGUUGGCCUUCUCAAGACGGUCAUUGCGAGAGGCGCCAAUCUACAAGCUAAUACUCCUGUUGAUAGUAUAUCCGAGUCCGACACAGAAGGGCGAUGGACAGUCAACACUGCCCGAGGUUCAAUUGAAGCAAAGCACAUUGUGUUCGCGUCCAAUGCGUAUACCGGAGCCAUUGCCCCUGAGUAUGCAGGCAAGAUCGUUCCUGUUCGAGGCAUCUGCAGUCGCACGGUUGUGCCGAAUCCGCCUAACCCGCCUCUCCCUACACUUGACUCCUCGUAUACGGUUCGGCUGAGGGAAGGGAUAUACGAGUAUCUCAUUGCGCGGCCAGAUGGGAGUAUCGUUAUUGGAGGCGCCAGAUCUGUAUACGCCCAUGAUUUGAAGAACUGGUACAACAACACGGAUGACUCGCGUCUGAUCGAUGUCGCUGCACAUCACUUUGACGGCUACAUGCAACGGUAUUUCCAUGGAUGGGAGAAUACGGGGGCAUAUACUGAUCGGGUCUGGACGGGCAUUAUGGGAUAUACUACAGACUCCCUUCCACACGUCGGACAGGUUCCAGCAAAGCCAGGUCAGUUUGUCGUCGCUGGAUUCAAUGGCCAUGGCAUGCCGCAGGUCUUUCUAUCGGCAAAAGGAGUCGCCCAGAUGAUCCUGAACGGGGUCGAGUUUGAACAGACCGGUAUCCCCAGGAUAUUCAAGACAACGCAGGAGAGGUUGGAUAGCAAGGAGAACACGAUCCUGAGUGCUUCUUAUGUGGUAGAAACGGCCAAAUCGGUAGAUGAUUCUUAAUCCCUCCAAAGUAUAUCAGAAAUACCUAUCAUUAUUUGUGAUGCAGCCUCCACUGACCGCCAGUCCGCGCCCUGCAAGAAUCUUCAGUUUUAGGGAUCCAGCGGAGUAGAAUAAAGCCUUACUGGAUAUGACGAGC